CUAACAGAUGAAAAUUAUCCUCGAGGUGAAAGACCACCGAAUCAGUUGUGGUUUAUUUUUAUACAUGAGCCACCUCAUAAAGUGAAACUGUCAAAUGAUUUGGGUGACAGAGUAAGUGAACUACACAAUCACUUAUCGAUGGGAUUCAUCAGUCUUCUUGCCGUACCACAACUAUAAGCCAUUUGACCCAAGUCAUUCAUGGGAGACAAGAUAUCCACUGCCUUCUCGUAAUUAUGCUAUCGGGAAGACUAAAAUGGCUGCAUGGUUCGUCACCAACUGCUUCGCUCGCAGUCAAGAAAGGAAUAUGUGGAGGAGUUGUCGAAGCAUUUUGAGAUUGAUAUCUAUGGAGAAUGUGGUACAAAGCAAUGUCCCAGAACUAUCGAAUCUGAGUGUUACAAACUUCUCGAGAAAGACUACAAAUUCUAUCUGAGCUUCGAGAACAGUUUAUGUCCGGAUUACGUAACAGAGAAGAUUUUCAGAAAUGCUUACAGUCACAAUAUAGUUCCCAUCGUUAUGGGUGCAUCGAUUGAAGAGUACAAACGUGUCUCACCUCCACAUUCAUUUAUCCACGUGGAUGAAUUUGAAUCACCUGCAAAACUUGCUGAAUAUUUGAAGUAUCUGGACCACAACGAUACUGCAUACAAUGAAUACUUUGCAUGGCGUGAACACGGAGUUAUAGAUGACUGGAUGCCUCGACCUGAGUGUCUCCUGUGUCUAUUCGCUCAUGUCCGCAACCACCUUGAGCAACACUCAAUACCGAAUGUUUCUCGAUGGUGGAAUGAUGCUUGUUUCGGUCGAAAAUUGCGUUGGAAUCCUGACGGUAUUUGA